UGCAACUGCAUUAUCCAGAGCAACUUCAGAAAGAGAGGAGAGAAUCAGCCAGAGACACAUCCAUAAAGAAACAGCACAGAGUGGCACUACAGGCAGUUGUGACCAGAUCACCAAAACUGUGUCACUGAGAGAUGCACUGGCAGAAGAGACAAGGUCAGCAGACAAGUCCAAAUGCACCUAGGGGAUCCCAGUAACAAUGGAACACACUGAUAAAUCUAAAGGAAGCAUCUUCAGCACAUAAGCAAGAAUCAAGCGCAGGAGACGAAGGCUCAGCAAGACUGGAGAAGAGACAGCUCCUGGACCAGGAGAUGAAGAAAGAGCCUCACCAUCUGACACAGCUGUCCAAUGAAAGAGUUCUGUGCAAUGAUAUUUUGGGCUUGAAGUUACCCAAUGACCCCAUACUGACUCCCAACACCGUCUGUCUGACAUUACCCGGCUUAAGCAAACGCCAGUUGGGACUAUGCGUACGGAGCCCUGAUGUGACAGCUUCAGCAGUUCAAGGAAUCCAAAUUGCCAUACAUGAAUGUCAGCACCAAUUGAAAGGACAGCGCUGGAAUUGUUCUACUCUGGAGAGUGGGGGCAAAGUUCCACAUGACAGUGCCAUCCUGAAGAGAGGUUUUCGGGAGAGCGCCUUUGCCUAUUCAUUACUGGCAGCAGGCGUCAUGCAUUCAGUGGCCACAGCUUGUAGUCUGGGAAAGCUGCAGGGUUGUGGGUGUGAAUGGAAGCGUCGGGGAACUGAGAAGAUACGUCUGAAGCUGAACCAGUUGCAGCUCCAAGCUUUAUCCAAGGUGAGGGGUCUCCCCAGAGACUUGACCCCACUGCUUCGGGAGACCCCUGAGCCCAGUGCCCAGGACACAUGGGAAUGGGGCGGUUGCAAGCAUGAGCUAGAAUUUGGUGAAAAAUUUUCCAGGGAUUUUCUGGACUCCAGGGAGUCACCAAGAGAUAUCCAAGCAAGAAUGAGGAUACAUAAUAACCGCGUGGGGAGGCAGGCAGUGACUGAGAACAUGAAGCGUCGCUGUAAAUGUCAUGGAACAUCUGGAAGUUGCCAGUUUAAGACCUGUUGGCAUGUGACUCCUGAUUUCCGGGCUGUAAGCACAUUGCUACGGGAAAAGCUACAACGUGCUGUCUUUGUGAACUCCCGUAAUAAAAACAGUGGAGCCUUCCACCCACGGCUCAAUAAAAAGCGAUUGGCUCGAGAGCUUGUUUAUUUUGAGAAAUCUCCUGACUUCUGUGAGAAAGACCCUCUGAUAGACUCCCCGGGGACCCAAGGGCGAGUUUGCAAUAAGACAAGCCAUCAGAUGGACAGCUGUGCCAGCCUAUGCUGUGGAAGGGGCCAUAAUAUUCUAAUGCAGACAAGACGGGAACGAUGCAACUGCCGCUUUCACUGGUGUUGCUAUGUUAUUUGUGAAGAGUGCCGUGUCACACAGUGGGUCAAUGUCUGUAAGUGAAGAGAUCUUCAGUUUCCAAAUCUUUAUUCUCAACAGCAAUUAAUUUAUUCUUCCUUAUCACUGACAAUAUAUGUAUUUCUUUGUCCCAAAGAACUUAAUUAGUGAUUCAGACUCAUUCCAUGUCAAGGGGAAUAUUAUCCAAGCCCGCUCCCCAUUAGAAAAUGUCUACCAUGUUCUAGAAUUAAGUACAUUCCAGGAAACUACAAACCUGAAGGACAAAGAACCUGUAUCUCUGGACCAGCAAUUCCUAUUGCUCCUUGGGAAAAAAACACUAUGCCACCUCCUGGCCUAAUGGAAUUGCAAUGUAUAGUCAUGCAAAGAAUAUAAUUGUUAUAAAAUGACGGAAUAUUCCUCUUUACCUUUCAAGAUGUCCUUCUACCAAAAUUUUCUCUUUGGAACUUUGAUGGCAUUUGGAAAAUUUGUAAAAGUCGUGACUGAUACUCCUGCUGUCUAACUCAGAGACCUCCAUAUUCUGGUACCUUCUGGCUCAAUGACAGGUUUUUCUCAGGCCACAGAGGAUGUAACAAGAAGGUUAAUUUAUUGGAGCUUGUACUUUGUAUACAUCUCUUAAAUUAAAAAAAAAUACUUUAGCUUA